UCUCUCUCUAUUAGUUCUGCACAUUGAGAUCUCACCUCAAACGUCCCAGCUCUAUUACAGCAAUCACCCUUCUGGAUUGAAGAACAGCCUUGACUCUCGUGGCUCACACAGAUUCCCUCACCGGCCGUCAGGAUGUGGAUGGUGCUGCUCGGACUCUGCUUAGGAUUACUGGCCUCAUCCAGAUCGCAGUCGACCACAGCGUUGGGUGCGCGGAGCUGCAGCUAUGUUGGAGUGUUUCACGUCGAGGGGAAAGAACGCUAUAGUCUGACGUUUGAGAUGGCCGAGAGCUUGUGCGAGGAGUUAUCGUCUACAUUAGCCAAUAUGAUGCAGGUGACGGAAGCCUAUGAUGCAGGACUACAGACAUGCAGGUAUGGCUGGGUGAACAGCACAGAGCUGGUGAUCCUCCGUCACAGGGCAAAUAUUCAAUGCGCUGGCAACCAAACAGGCAUCAUCAAAAAGGUUCAAGACCAGCAGAAAUACGACGCCUUCUGUUAUGAUGCUACAGAUUUGUCAGUGAAGAACUGUGCAGCUGAGAUUAACCCUGAAAGUUCAAAAAAAGCAAAUGCCAACCCUACCACAGCAUCUACAGAUGUCACAACACACCAACACAAUACUGGAGCGGAAGACAAUGAAACUUCAACAUUUGAAACUUCAGGAGAUACAUCGGUGUCUACUCCAGGACACUGGACACAGACGAGUGGCGAACUGAGCACAGCGGACCACAAUGAGACCAACCAGACGCAUGAUCCAGACCAUACAGAGGAGUCCACAAGCUUACUACCUAAUGCAGACACCACAGGGACGGCAGUGGGCGAGAGAACGUCCAGGCAUGAAACAACAACAGCUUAUAAAACAGGACAUGUCAGCCCAAAUGACCGUUCUUCAGAGUCAGAUGUGACCAGAUCAUCAGACUGGCUGAUCAUUUUACUCACGAUCUUGGCAGUUCUCCUCAUUCUGCUCAUCUGUGUCAUUGUAGCAACCAGAAAAAGGUAUGUCUUUUUUUAAAGGAGAUAAAAUAUA